UUGUGUGCGCCUGGGAGGGAAGAGACUGAGCCGCAUGGUACCGGUGAAGUGUGUUGUGAGUGUAACAUGUCUGAGAGCGAAGUGCAGCCUUGUGCCCCUGUGUCACAGCCGGGGAUGGCGGGGUCCCUUCCACAGAAGCGCUACUACAGGCAGAGAGCACAUUCCAACCCCAUGGCCGAUCACAGCUUCCAAUACCCACUGAAACCUGAGCAGAUGGACUGGUCGGAAUAUUACCCUGAAUAUUUUAAGCCUCUAUCAUCUGAUGACCGGCACGAUGAUGUAAAGGAUUUAACAGAGAAGAAGGACGAGCUUAAAGUGGAAUUUGCAGAUGUUGGCUGUGGAUAUGGCGGUUUACUAGUGGAACUGUCUCCGUUAUUUCCAAAUAAACUCAUGCUUGGACUGGAGAUACGCGUCAAGGUAUCAGACUAUGUGCAAGACAGAAUCAAGUCACUGAGAGCUAGUCACCCGGGUCAGUACCAGAAUAUUGCCUGUAUCAGGAGCAAUGCUAUGAAAUACCUACCCAACUUCUUCAAAAAAGGACAGCUGAGUAAGAUGUUCUUCUUGUUUCCUGAUCCUCACUUUAAGAAGACAAAGCAUAAAUGGAGGAUUAUUAGCUCCACACUGCUAGCAGAAUAUGCCUAUGUGCUGCGAGUUGGGGGGUUUGUGUAUACAAUCACAGACGUAGAAGAAGUUCACGAAUGGAUGGUGAAACAUUUCACGGAGCAUCCUCUUUUUGAGCGGGUUUCUAAAGAUCAAUUGGCAGAUGACAUCAUCAUAGACAAACUGGGCACAUCUACAGAAGAAGGGAAGAAGGUUCAGCGUAAUAAAGGGCAAAACUUCCUGGCUGUAUUUCAACGGGUAGAAAACAGAACAUUGAGAAACAAAGAAUUAUAGCUGUGACAUGAACAAACUGAUGGAUAUCUGUCAAAAUGUGAAUCUGCAAUAAUUUGGAAGUGGAAGA